AGUAUCAUUUUGCGAAAGCUUUUGUGAUACUUGCUCAGUAGAAUAAGAACCCGGAUGUGUUAAGCUACUGACGAAAUUUCUGGAAUAAAAACUCCCUCUUACCAAGCUGAUUUAUCAAACUGAUGCUCGAAAAUAGUUAUAUAGAUUGUGAUAUAAACGCCUAACACAAUGUCAACUCCGGCUAGACGGCGUCUAAUGAGGGAUUUCAAAAAGCUGCAGGAGGAUCCCCCACAAGGUAUAAGCGGAGCUCCUUCGGAUAACAAUAUAAUGUUUUGGAAUGCUGUUAUAUUUGGCCCUCAAGACACGCCGUUUGAGGAUGGAACGUUUAAAUUAUCUAUAGAGUUCACAGAAGAAUAUCCAAAUAGGCCACCACAAGUGAAAUUUGUUUCCAAGAUGUUUCAUCCAAAUGUUUACGCGGACGGAAGCAUAUGCCUAGACAUCCUGCAGAAUAGAUGGAGCCCCACAUAUGACGUUUCGGCGGUAUUAACAAGUAUUCAGUCACUACUACACGAUCCGAACCCCAACUCUCCCGCCAAUAAUGAAGCGGCUAUUUUAUAUCGUGAAAAUAGACGUGAAUAUGAAAAGAAGGUGCAAUUGAUAGUAUCAGAAAGUUGGGAAGAUGAUAAUGAUGACGAUGAUCAAGCCCAAAAACCAGAAACAUCUUCAAAAUGA